CUCCAAAAAAUCUAUUCUUGUUCUGCGCCCCAACUCAGACAAUGCAGGAGUCCGCGAAUUGCCCACGCUUUCACGUUUUAAACCCUAGUUUCUUCUUCCUCUUCUUCUUCUUCUUCUUAUAUUUGUUCCAACUUCUCCAACCCUCCUUAAGAUACCCCACAUGACAGUUUAAUGGUACUUCUCUCCUUAAUCCCCUUAUCCUUAACACUCUUCUUCUUCUCCUUCUUCGAUCUUUCACUUCUAAUCCUACAUGGCCGACCACUCUCCCUCUAACGUGCACCAGGGAGACCAACCCCCUCCUCCUUCUCCCCCCUCUACUCUGCACCUGGGAAGCCAACAACCGUCUCCUUCAAUUCCUCAGCAACCUUCCCCUCGUGGAUCAUCCACCAGUAGGCACCCAAUCUACAGAGGAAUCCGAAGCCGGAGCGGCAAGUGGGUUUCUGAAAUCCGAGAGCCACGUAAGAGCACUCGCAUAUGGCUUGGUACCUUCCCCACCCCUGAAAUGGCAGCUGCCGCCUACGAUGUCGCAGCUCUCGCUCUUAAGGGUGCUGAUGCCGUUCUCAAUUUCCCAGACUCUGUACCCUCUUACCCAAUUCCUGCUUCUGCUGCUCCAUCUGAUAUACGUGCAGCGGCAGCAGCAGCUUCCAAGUUGCCAACAGCAAUGAGCACGAGUACGCCUGAGACUAAGAUCGAUUCAACUGCAACUCCUUCUUCGGCUAUUCCACCACCGGGAGAAGAAGAAUUCAUAGAUGAGGAAGCACUGUAUCACAUGCCCAAAUUGCUUGUCAAUAUGGCUGAAGGAAUGCUAAUGAGCCCGCCAAGAAUAAACUCUCCGUCUUCUGAUGAUGACUCGCCGCCGCCCGGAAGUACUGGUGCAGAUAGCCUCUGGAACUACUAAUCUUAAUUACAAGA